ACGGAUCCUAUCAAAUAUUUCACAUUUUCUAUGAUCAUCUCUAUUUUAGGUAUUCGGGGAAUCCUCCUUAAUAGACGAAAUAUUCCUAUUAUGUCAAUGCCAAUGGAAUCAAUGUUAUUAGCUGUGAAUUCGAACUUUUUGGUAUUUUCGGUUUCUUCGGAUGAUAUGAUGGGUCAAUCAUUUGCUUCAUUGGUUCCAACGGUGGCAGCUGCGGAAUCUGCUAUUGGGUUAGCCAUUUUCGUGAUGACUUUCCGAGUCCGAGGGACUAUUGCUGUAGAAUUUAUUAAUAGCAUUCAAGGUUAA